GAAGUCUUUGCAAGAUCGUUAAUUAUAUUUUAUUCAUCUGUCUAGAAUAUAACUUUUAAUUAUUUUAAAUAGUAAUAAUUAAUGUUUGUACUUUUGAUUUUCAAUUUUUCGAAUAAUAACUAACUAAUUAGAUGGCUCUUAAGAGUGUUCAGUAACAAAAGAACGACCCAAUUAUAGACGUUUAUCUGAUUGACCGUUUAUGACCACAACUGGCCAUUACACUAUUUAAAAAAAAUUUCAUAAAUUCUCCAAGAGAUAUGGAUCAAAAAAAUGGAUUAUCAUUGUCUCCGCCAAUCACAUUCAAGAUUGACAACAACAACAACAGCAGCAACAACAACAGCAACAACAACAACAACAACAACUAUGGAUGCCCUUUCUUUUCCAGAUCAUCUCUCUCUCCAACAACAGCAGCAGCAACAACAUCAGCAGCAACAACAUCAGCAGCAGCAACAUCCACAAAUCCAUCUUGCCACAAAACCAAGAGUGAGAUAAUGAGGGAAAAGGCGGAGAGAGCCAAAGAAACCAGAGGGCGAUAUUUGGAUUAUCUUCAGUUAGAUAAAUUGUUAGACUGCCAGCACCUGAUGUCAGCAAGUGUAGAAGCCAUUCACGACGAACACCUCUUCAUAGUUACUCAUCAGACUUAUGAGCUGUGGUUCAAACAAAUCCUAUACGACCUGGAAUCAAUCAGGCAGUUGUUCGCAAACGCGAUUAUUGACGAAAGCAAUUCCCUACUGAUCAUAUCACGUCUUCACAGGAUAACGGUUAUCUUCAAGAUUCUUGUGGACCAGUUUCAAAUUUUGGAGACCAUGACUCCUAUGGACUUUCUAGAAUUCAGAGGUUAUUUGGAGGCGGGCUCUGGAUUCCAAAGCCUGCAGUUCAGGCUUUUGGAAAACAAAUUGGGGCUAAAAAAAGAGAACAGAAUAGAGUACAACAAGCAGAAUUACGCCAAAGUCUUCGAGAAGGAACACCACGUGGAGCAACUGGUUGAAUCAAUUGAGGAGCCAUCCCUGGUUGAACUUGUCAUCAAGUGGUUGGAACGCACUCCUGGACUGGCUGUGGAUGAAUUCGACUUCAUCCACAAGUACGAAUUCGCAGUAAAUCGUUGGUUGGAAGAUGAGUACUACAUUCCGGCCACUAAAGAGACUGACCCGGAUAAACAAAAAUUAAAAUUGGAAACUUACCAAAAGCAAAAGAGAGUCUUCGAUGAAGUCAUCAACCCGGAGAAAUACAACCAGACGGUGGCUCGGGGGGAGAGGAGGUUCUCCCACAAAGCCUUCCAGGGGGCCCUCAUGAUCAUGUUGUACAGGGACGAACCGAGAUUCCACCAACCCUUCCAGAUCCUUACUCUUCUCAUGGAUAUCGAUUCGCUCUUCACGAAAUGGAGAUAUAAUCACGUGACAAUGGUUCAACGAAUGAUUGGCAGCAAGAUUGGGACAGGGGGUUCUUCAGGGUACCUGUAUUUGAGGGCCACCGUCAGCGACCGCUACAAAGUCUUCCUGGACCUCUUCAACACAGCCACCUACUUAAUCCCGAGACACCUGAUCCCACAGCUGACUGCCCAGAUGAGGAAGAGACUGUCAGUUGCAAUUAGGCACGGUAUCUCGAUGAACGAUUCCGUAAUUAAACAGAUGGAAAGAGUCAGUAUUUCAGACGAUGAUCUGACUGCAGAAUUAAGCGCUGUGUAAAUGCGUUCAUCGGACGAAAAUGACGUCAUCGUCCAUUUAUACACAAAGGUACAUACACUUAUUACAGACCUUAUUACAGGUGUUUGUUACAUUAUCUCGUGAUGUGGCAUUGUUACGGUUCAUUUAUAAGGUGAUUAAACAUUUAAAGAAUCAUUAAAAACCGUUUAAUAUCGAACUAAAACCCAUGUCCUAAAAUAUUUUACAUAAUUACACCAACGGCAUUACAUCAGUCAUUACUGUUAAUUAAUAAAUUGAAUUAAUUAAUUAAUUUAUAUUAAUGUUAAUUAAUAAAUAAUGUUUGGCAGAGGUUUCGUAGAGAUAAAUUUGAUCUAACAGGUGUAAAAAUAGCUUUAGAGUUAAAU